UUCCGGCCCUUACCUCUGUCUGCCAUUCUCGUUUCUCAAAAUCUGACGACAUUGAGGGGUCUCCGUCGCGGCCGGUCGAGGUGUUUGGAGACGGUAUUAGCACUGCUGGAUACCGCAGCAGAACGUAGGCAAAAGAUUCUCUCGUAUUCUAAAGCAUCUGAUAUAAAAGCUCUGUUGGCUUGGCUGUAGCUUAAAUAUGAGGGUGUCAAAUUUGUCUUACAUGAAAAGACAAAAUGACACAUCAGAAUACAAGUGUUGACAUAGAGUAUGAAUAUGAAGAAUUUAACAGUUCCAAGCGAUCAAAACUGACUUCUAAAGUAUGGGAAGAUAUGCUCAAAAUUCAAACAAGCGAUGGUAGUAAAGUUCAAUGCAAACACUGUGGCAGGUUGUUGCAAGAUAACUGCGGAACUUCUCAUUUAAAGCGUCACAUAGUCAGAUGUGUCAAGCGUCCAAAAACAGGGGAUGGUGUUGAGCAAGAGCUAAUGACUUUACCGCGUGUUCAGGACGUAGGUAUUGACAAAGAAUUUGGACCAAACACAGUAUAUAUGGCUCACCCGUUAAAGGCUGAACCUGCAUCCCUUGUCACUUCUUUGCCUGAGACACCAAAUAGUCAAGGAUCGAUCGUUACUGAUUCUGCUACUGGGAGGGAACAACAUCCAAAAACCAAAUCCAUUUUGGGAUUGGCUAACACUAACUCUCCCAAAAACAAGAUCGAUCUAACAUUGGAUGAUGCAGAAAUGAGAGCAUUUUAUGCUUCCUUGGAUGCUGAGACCUCAGUUGUGUCCACUCCCCAAGAUAAUAGGGGCAGCAGUGAAUUGCCAAGAACCCCUCCAUGCGAAGAGACUGAGAAAGCUUUGAAAACAUUGCAAGACUUUCUCUCCAAAGAAUUUUCCGUUGUAUUGCAUUCCGAGCAGCGCAAUUCGAUGAAGUCCACCUUAGAGUACCUUUCCAACCUCACGGUAUAUGAUGGGAUCUCUCUGGAAAUGCGCUUAUUAAUAUCAGAAGUUUCGAAAAGAUUUACUCAGUGGAGUUCUGAAUAUAAUAAUGCUGGUCGGCAAAUUGAGUGUGCUAGCACGAACCUGUUGAAAGCAGAUAAAGUAGAAGAAAGUCUUGAAGCUAACAAGAACCAGUUUAAAGACCUAGCAUCAUUAGAAAACGAAUUAAGCAGCCAGUUAGCCGGUUUGGAGGAAAGAAAGAAAGAAUUGGAAGAGCAGCUAAGUGGCAUUAAAGCAAACAUCUGUGUUUUUCAGUCAGCUAAGACCACGGCAACCAAGAGAAAGAGGGAAACAUUCGAGGAAGGAAAGACCCUUAAAGCACAAAGAGAUGAGUUGAAAGAACAAGCCCCACACUUAAGAGAUGAGUGGGAAUUGGCUAAGAAAACCCAAGCAAAUAUAAAAGCUGAAUGGUCAAAGCUAGCAGAAAAAUUUAAUGAAAGGCUAGAUGGUGUAAACUGUCAGUACUUUGAUAGUAACAGGCGCAUUGAGCCUUAUGAAAAUUGAUUGAUUUUACAAACUGAUUUGUAGCAUAGCAAAUAUUGGUUGCUGCAUAAUGUAAUUUAGGAAGUGAAGCCAAAAGAACGGCAGGCUUGAGUAUAUAUUGCUGUUCAAUAAUUCUUUGUUCAGCCA